GAGCCCAGCCAGGCAGCGCGCUUCCCAGCUUUAGUGUGUACACCGCGCCGCGCACUCUCGCACGCGAUCCGGCGCGUCGUAAAAACUGCGAUUAGCCAUCCAAGUGACAGCCGACGACCAUCGACAACGACUACGAUGACGGACGCGGCCAUCCCGGUGCCGCACAUGCAGCGCCUGCUGGAGGCCGUCGCCAAGCGGAAGGGCUUCCGCAAACCGAGGUAUGCGGUGUCCGCGGGCAGCCAGGUGGGCGACAACUACCUGGGCGUCCUCUUCCGCGUGGUGGUGACGGAGGACGGCGACGACGACAAGCCCGGCCUGCGCCUCAUCCUCAAAGGCAUGCCCCUCAGCGCCAAGCGGCGCGAGCAGAUGCAAGUGGGAUCCUUCUUUGACAACGAGUUCCACGCCUACCGCACCGUGCUGCCCGCCCUCGCGCGCUUCCUCGCCGACAAGGCCGUGGACGACGUCAAGGAGCCUGGACUCUUCCCCAACACGGCCAGGUGCCACGAAGCGAGCUCGGGCGGCGAGGAGGGCCAGGACACCCUGGUGCUGGAGGACAUGCGGCCGCUGGGCUUCACGAUGCACGACCGGCGCGUCGGCCUGGACGAGCACCACGUGCGCGCCGUCUUCAAGUCGCUGUCCUUCCUGCACGCCGCCAGCAUGGCCAUGGAGGCGCAGCGCCCAAAGGACUUCGCCAAGAUCCGCGACUUGUUCACCGAGACCCUGUUCGACUCCAACAACCCCAUCAUGGCCCAUGUCGAGGAGAUACUCAAGCGGACCUACGUCUACAUCGCGGACAGGCACCCGGAGGGCAGCGAGAUGUACGCCAAGGUGAAGGCCUUCAUCGACGGCUACGGGUGCACCAUGGAGCGCCUGGUGUCCAGGACCGCGACAGGCAACGCCAUCUCACACGGCGACUGCUGGACCAACAACCUCCUCUUCAAGUACAAGAAGCCUGGAGUCGUGGAGGAUGUGUGCCUGCUGGACUUCCAGCUGAGUCGGCACUCCACUCCCGUGCUCGACCUCGUGUACCUGGUGUACACGUGCACGGUGCGGGAGUGGCGCCGCCAGCACCUCAAAGCCAUGUUCAAGGAGUACCACGACAUGCUCAGCGAAAACAUUCGCCGCCUGGGCAGCGACCCGGACGAGCUGUAUUCCUGGGAAACCUUCCAGGCGCACCUUAGGGAGCGGGGCGUGUUCGGCCUGGGCAUGGCGCUCAUGACCAUCCCCGUCUUCCUGGCCGAGGCCGAGGAGAUCCCCGACUUGGACGAGUCCUUCGAGAGCGGCAAGAGUCCCUCGGAGGUGUUCGACGUGGAGUCCAAGAGCUCGCCGGAGCGCAACAAGCGGAUCUGUGACGUCAUCGAGGAGAUGGUGGAGCAAGGGUGGCUGUGAAGCGACGUCUAGAAAGAAUCCAAUGAAAUCGAUUGAAAACAAGUCAUUAUUAGCCUGAGUAUGACACUCGGCAUAGUCACUUUGACUUGAUUAUUUCGAAUGUAUCAGUAUCAGCUGUGCGCGUGCUGGUCGCGUGCUUCCAGCCUUAUUUGGCGAUGUGCCGUCAAGUGUGGUGGCGUUCUCACAACAUGCUCAACAUGCUCACAAGCAGCCGCCUCGCAGUCGGUCGGGGCUCUUCAGAACAAAACUUUAGCACAAAUGUUAAUAUUUUAAUAGUUUAUUGCAAUAAAGAGUACAAAUUGAAC